AUGGAUCAAUGGGUGACGGCUGCGAGCUCGCUACUAGCGUUCCUUCUCUACUACAAUACGCUUGACGCGGGAUUUGUUUACGAUGACAGACGGGCGAUACUCUCGAACCCAGAUGUCAUCGGACAUACACCGAUUAAGGCGCUAUUUGAAAAUGACUUUUGGGGAACACAGCUCACUGAUCCUGGGUCCCACGGCUCAUACAGGCCGCUGUGCGUCGCGACGUAUCGUCUCAAUUACGCAUUCAGCGGAUUCAAGCCCUGGAGUUACCAUCUCCUCAAUGUGUUCUUCCAUUCGACGGCCACUGCACUUGUCGUGAUAACAGCAAAGCGGCUGUUACCCACAUAUUGCAUGAAAGUGGGGACUGUGGUUACCGGUUUGACCUUCGCCUCACAUCCAAUCCACACUGAAGCCGUCGCUGGAGUUGUGGGUAGAGCCGACCUAGCCGCAUGCAACUUUUUUCUACUGAGCUUCCUCUUAUACACGGAACAUUUGAGGAUCAGAAAUAGGAGCCAUCGUCGACAAUGUAGGGACAGUUACAAACAAAUUCUCACGCGACAUCUGGACGCUGAAGACCAAAACUUUCGUCUAAGUUGUCACGGACUCGUACAACAAUUAUUGAUUAGUGUUAGGAAAUUGUUGAAGGCUGGUAAAUCUGGACCAUUGAAAGUGUUUAAUGUGUGUGAAGUUAGCGUGGGGCCCGUGCAACUCAAUAAGUGUCAUUGUAACGGGUGUGCAAGUGAAGAUACAGGUGAAUUCUUACAAUGGUGCACUUUAGUGGGGACACUUUUGUUCGCGACUGCUGCGACUUUGUGCAAGGAGCCGGCUAUUAUGGUGGUGCCUCUUUGCAUAAUAUACGACUUCUUGAGAGAUAUUCGACAGGACGAGCCGUUUUCAAAGGUAAGAUGUAAAAUUCUCUUUUAUAGAUAUUAG